GUCAGAUUUUGGCAAAUGAAGCUCUUCAGAGGGAUUUGGAGGGAAUUAUCUCUGGACUCCAGGAGUAUCUGCAAGGGCUCAGAGACAAAGCCCGAUGCGCUCGUCAGCAGGUCGACAGGCUGCAGACUGAAAACCAGGCCCUGCAGCGCCACCUGGAGGACUUGCAGGGGCAGAUGGAUGAUGCUGCCAGGAUCCACAAACAGGACAUGACUGUCCAGCAGGAGGAGCUGUUGUCCUUGCGGCAGGAAGUCGAGGCUCUGAGAGACAGUCAGCUUCAAAGCAGCAGAAAGGAGGCGGAGCUUGAUGCAGAGCUUCAACAUCUGAGGGAGGAGCUAAACCAGCAGAUGACACUGGGACAGGAGGACAAUGCAAGUCUCCUGAAAACUGUUGAAAAACUUCAGGACCAGCUAGACCAGAGCAGAACCCAGCACACAGAAUCCAAAACCCAGUUACAGCAGACCAGGUCCCAGCUGGAUCAGACCAGGUCCCAGCUGGAUCAGACCAGGUCCCAGCUGGAUCAGGUCACCGCAGCCAUGUUGGACUCUGAUGAGCUGGGCCUGACCACAGGGGAAAGAAACUGCAGGUUCAUUGGUCCUGAUGAGGAGCAGACUAGGACUAACAGAGAGCAGGUCCAGCAGGACCCCGAUCAGGAUUGGGCAUCCUGGGGUGGAGCUGAGGACUCAGAGCAGAGACCAGAGGAGCUGCAGAGACUCCGAGUCAAACUGCAGAGGACUCGGAGCAGAAACAGACGCGUCCAGCGGAGUCUGGAGGCGGAGCUUAAACAAAGCUGUCUGCAGCUACGUGAUGUCCAACAGGAGAAAGACGCCCUGAUGCUGCAGCUGCAACAACAGAAUGCUGAUCAGCAGAAGAAACUUCGGCACAUGGACCGGAAACUGAACCAGAUGAGCAGGGAUCAGCUGACAUCCACCACCGACCAGCUGAGAGCUCUGAACGCCGCCGCAGACCUGCUGCAGGCACGGAGACACCAGGACGCCGCCGCGGCUCCGCUGGAGGCACAGAGACACCAGAACAUGCAGCCAGAUGACGGUGGUUUCAAACGGCGCUCUGACAGAUGGAGAGAGAACACGCCCACAGUGGAGGAGCUGAGGGCGGAGCUAGCUGCAGCUCAGCGCCUCACGCUCAGACUGGCUCAGCAGCUGGACGACAUCAGAACCAGAACCACUGCUGGACCCUGUGACGGGGGCCCGUGGUUCUUCUUCCCUUCUGGACACCACGUUCCCUGUCUCGGGUCUCAGGAUUCUGGUUUGGGGCUGCAGUACCUGAGUUCUCCUGAUAGGGGGCAACAACAGGACCACAAACCACAGACACACCUUGGCUGUGACACAGGAGCUGCAGACAGGAUGAACAGCGGAGGACGAGGCAGCAACUCCAGAACAGCGGCACCUGCUCAUCUGUGUGCUACGCCUCCCUCUGGAGCCGCUGCACUGCUCUGCGGCUCCACUUUAACAGCAGGGGGCGCUGCACUGUACUGUAACGUGCCUGAACAUAAAGACCUGGCUGAGGGGAGUGCGCACGAGAGUGUACACAGAGAAGCAGAGAGGCUGGAAAAGGAGAACAAGAAACUACGACUGGAAAAUGAACGGAUGCAACAGACACUGAGACAGCACAGGAAUGUGGUGCUGGUGUGCGAGGAGGUGCAGUGUGUGGAGAAAACACUGCUGAGGAGACGAGCUGAACUCCGCCAGGCUGACCGACAGCUACUGGAAGCUCAGCGCUGUGUACACGCUGAAAUACACAAGCUCUGCCCAAAUCUGGAUUCCAGGUGAGCCCCAUCACCUGUCUGUUGUCUUCGUUAUGGGUGCUAGGCAACUGACCACCUCAACGCUGGCACAGCUGCUGUCGAUCUGCAGGAGGCGGGGCUGAAAAGAAAAUGUCACUCAAUUUACAGAAACAUUUUUACAGCAAUAAAGACAUAAAU